AUGUCUCCUUUCCAGUUCCCGACGUUGUCUCACGAUCUCUCCGCCAUCGUCGCUGGAUCUCGUCAAUCGUCGUUGUCUCGAUAUCUCCGCCACCGACGUCGAAUCUUGCCAAUCGGCGCCCUCUCAUUCUCUUCACCAGAUUCGCCGAGUCUAUCCGUCAUUGUCGCCGAACUUGCUACCUUUGGCGAGACCAAGAACUAG